UACAAAAUAGGAAAUAUAUGUAUAUAGGCAUGAUCACUUACUUUUCCUGUGAUUCCCUAUUACAGAAAAAUCGUUGCUCUGCUCUAACUAUGAAGAUGAUCUUGGAACGAACUGUGCAGCUUGGACCUCUUUUAGCCUUAUAUUUUGUGCCUAUCUUAAACCUCUCCAGCCAAGGUUAUAUUCUCAUAACAAUUCGCAUCCUAAAGCAAGAAUGCGCAGAUAGCCUCUGCGUGGGUUUUGAAGUCCUCGGUGGCCAAUGAUCUGUGAAUUUGUUCAUCUCAAGAGUCUGUUUUCGAGGUAUAGGUUUACUAAACGGGAGUACCUUAUCAAAGCUCUUCUGCACAAAAGCUACAAAGCAAAACGGAGACGUGACCGCUUAGACUCAUUUACACUCCUUGAUCAAAUUGGCGAUAUGGUACUCAACUACAUGAUCACUCGAAUUUUGAUCAUGAACUCGCAGAGCAAUUUAAAUACUAAAGCUCUUAGUAAAAUGCGAUCGGCGAUACUCCAAAGAAACGCCAUAUCGUUUAUUGCAAUAAAAAAUAAAGUUGACGACUAUAUCUUCAUCAACGAGCAGCACCUUGCAAAUACUUCUUCCACAGCGAAAUUCAAGGAACAAGUUAAAAACUUGGAGAAUUAUCAGGCCCUGGCCGCAUGCAUCCGCGAUCCAAAACACAGGCCAACUUCAGGAUUUUUCCCGCCCGAAGUUAUGAAGCCAUCAUCGGAUCAGUAUCUGUCGACACCAAUUAUGAUAGACGACAGACGAAAACCGUCAUCAUGUCGAUCUUUAAAAAGGAAAUUUCAAUGUGGUAUACGACGGGUAAAAAGUCGUGCAAGCCAUGUAUUGAGCGACUUGAACACUACAACACUAGUUGCAAUUUGGUAAAAGAAAUGGUUGAAAAAUGUUUAAUAAGAAGAUAUGAGCAAAAAAAGACGUUCUAGGUUAUUUUUAA